UAAAAUUCUAGUGAUUCGUUUGUUUCUCUCUCUCUCUCUUUUUUGUUUGUCAAUGAAUUAUUUUUUUCUCCACUCUCUAGUGUUCCUCCUCUUCUACUUAAACUGAGAAGAACCACAUUGAGAAGCACAAGAAGGAGAGAAAAGAAAGAGAGAAAAAUAGGUCCUUUAUUUACUACUCCACACACACUCUUUCCCUUGAUCACACAAUAUUAGAGUGUAGGGUACCUAGCAAUCACUCAAAGAAAGAAGGGCUAAAUGGAUAUAUCAAGUUCACAAUACAAUAGUGCUGGUGAAUCUGGCUGGACACAUUACUUGGAUCAUUCCUCUCUUUCUGAAAGUUAUUUCCAGAUGAGAGGUGGGAUAGAAGACCAUGGAGGAAAGGGAGCAAGAGUGGAGGAAGAGGAAGAAGAUUUGUCUAUGAUCUCUGAUGCUUCAUCUGGUCCUCAACAUUACCAUGAAGAUGAUGGUCAACACUACUGUGUAAAUUGGUAUCCUUCUACUUCUCACUACACCAAAGAAUCAGAAAAGAAGAAGAACAACAACAAGAAGGCCAAAGAAUAUGGUAACAAUCAACAUCCUUCACCUCUUGAUGACACUGCCAGUUCCCCUGUUCUUAACUGUCCCAAGAAGAAAGCCAGUUUCUCAGGGAAUGGAGCAGUGGAAAAUGCACUAGAUUUUCCCCCAUGUUUCUCGGGAACAAAAAUAAAGAAAAAGUCUAAAUUCCAGAAGCACUUCAGUUUCUUUGAGCGUUCUCUUGGUGGAAAACAAGCUUCAGAGGAACCAGGUGGUUUCGAUGAAGGAUGGAAAUGAAAAUUUUAUCUGUAGCUUUUGCUUCUGCUGUGGAAAGAAAGACUAGGUCUAGGGGAUGUCAGAGUAGAUGCUGUUCAAUGACAAAGAGAACUCCUUUGAUUCUUUUCUAGAAAGAAAGAAAAAGGAAAAUCCCUUUUAUUGUAAUUUUACUGUUUUUUUUUUCAAUAUUUGCUACUGUGCCACUGCCAAUGCAGUUUGGAACAACAUAAGAGAAUAUAAGAAACUGAAGAGGGUUUCUGAUUCCA